GAGAUUUCUGAAAGCCAACAGGUUUACCUUGAACUAGAAUUGAGUACCUUCACCCAGCUAAGGUUCCUUGCCGGGCCGAAGCCAUGAGAAUCCAAAGCAUCGCCCUCUUUUCUAUCUUGCUCCUGGUUUCUCAAUUGCUCUUCGUUGAAGGGGAAAAACGGAAAGAAAGAAAAAAUGGGAGAGAAGGCAAAAUGGAAAAACAGCAGGCUGGAUCAGCAGGCCCACAUGAGAAAGGGCAGACAUCCAGAGGAGAAAAAGGAUUUCCCAAGGGCAAGUUUUCCACUAAAGAUAAAGCGGACUGCACUUGGGCAGUGACACAACAGGACGCCACCAGCACCUUGACGGUUGAGUGCAAGAGGGGCAACAGCGUGUUUGGGUGUGCCUACGCGGGCAAUCCUUCUUCCUGUCCCCAGUUCAAGGGAAAUGAAAAGCCCUACUGGAAACAGAUCAGCCGGGUCCUGCGGAAACAGAAGGGCAUCUGCCAGGACCCAGGGAGCGUCCUCAAGUCCUGGCUUUGUAAGAAAGGCUCGUCGGGGGCAGCCCUUAAGAUGGUGAACUCCACUCUGAGCAAGAGCGAGAGUGGUUCAGAAGACAAGAGUGAGCAGGGCGGGUUGGGAGGGACAAUUCCUACAGCGCGGGCAGAAAACAGGGCAGUGGCCGAGGGGACACCGAACUGUGAGGAAGAUGAGGAUAUUAUUAACCAGAGGAAAGUAGUGGAUGAGUACUGUGGGCAUUCCUGGAGCUCGCUGUGUAGGUUUUUCCUCACCAUGUUACAGGAUAAUACAUGCUAGUGAAUCAAUCUGAGGCGCCCCAUCCAAAUUCCGAGUUACUGAGAGCUUGAUCCUCUAGGAAUGCUGCAGAGCCUUCUAGGUGUUCCUGUGUGACAGGAACUUGCAUUGGAGAGGAGUGGAGAGGACCAAACUGAGUAUUUAAUGGUGUUUUCUGAUUUGUAUACUUCAAGGUCUGCUUCACCCUUUCAGAUGCCAUAGAUUAUAUUUUCGUAGAGACUGUUCUGAGCAUAUUACCAAGAGAUGUUACACACCAUUUAAAGAGGCUGUAGAUAAACGAAGUCUUCUUCGGGCCUUUCUUUGAGCUGAGCUAGCCAAAGUGAUGAUUUAAGUGCAAUGCACUGUGACACUGUACAGUUCUUUUGAUGUGACUUCUUAAACUAUC